AUGGUCAGUCACAAAUUUUCAUCCCGACAGGAAGAAAAGGAUGCUCUAGGGGAUGGUUGGUUUGUUGAUUCAAAGGGCUUGGCGCCGACUUACGGUGAACUGGAGAAGAUGUGCAAGUUUUUGUCAAAUCGUGCAAAGGUUGACCCUUGCAUAACCUUUUCCUUCUCAAACCAAGGAUCAUCCGCGUUUCCUUCAUUGGAGAUUAAUUCAUCACGGCUGGAGUAUGUGGCAGGUCCUCUCAGUACUAUGAUUUCAAGCACUUUUUCAGAAGGUUUAACGGGACAAGUUAAUCUGUGCGAAGCAGAUAGGCCACCUGUCUGCACACUGCUUCGAGAUUUUUUAUACACAAGGCCAGUCUGCCUCCAAGAUGUCUCGUUCAAAGACAUUUGCAAUUUGGCCAAGGCCGCUCAUCGAUGGGAUCUAUCCGUGUUGUUCAACGGCAUUCUUCUGUACGUUAAGGAUAGAGGCUUGCUGUCUAGUCCUACCCAGGUGAUUCUUUUUGCUGAAGUCAUCGAGCUUCAAAUUUCACCCCUUGACCACACAAAGUACUUUUGGAAACAAGUUGGCAAAUUAUACAAAGAACUUGCAUAUCCUUGUAAGGUACCACAUCUGCGCGAUCAUGCUCAGAACCCUUCGCGCUCCGACGUCAAGGCCAUCGACAGUUGUAGUGACAGUCACUCACACAGUAGUGGAGAUAAGUGUUCAAGAAGAUAUGCAAAGGGCGAGCAUGAGUCAGAUGAAUCUCUUAGUGGAACGGAGGAUUCACAGUCAGAUGAAUCCCUUAGUGGAACGGAGGAUUCACAGAUGGUCGAAGAUGACGAAGAAAGCUUGGUUGAAAGGAGCAGUGGAGAAGAGUGUCCGAACAGCAAUGGAAAUGACGACCAUAUGUUGUUUGACCGCGAGUUUCCAACAGCUGAUAGAUUCCCAAACAAAGAAAUGAUCUGUCCGGGCUUACCACGGGUGUGGUCGACUGCUUUGUCUCAGAACAUGGUGCGAGUUAUCCUCUCCAGAGCUCUGAGAUAUUCAUCUUCGCGGAAGACAAAGUUGCACUUGUGGCACGUUGUGUUAAUGUAUUUAGAGCCUCGAAUUGCGUCGGAUGGCGAGUUUUGCUCCCUCCUUGAAAUCAUGUGGGAGCACUGUGAUCAACGCAGUGAUUCAGUGCUCGACGACGUGAGCAUUGAUGAGCAAUGUCGUACGCGAGCUAUGAGGCUCUUUGCCAAGACCCAGCGUGAAGCGCUAUACGAAUAGUCUGAUUUCUAAUUCAAGUCCUACAAUUUCCGGGACAUUGGCGUCACUUGAAGACGAAUGGCGAUUGCGGAGUGAGGUCGCUUUCCUCUCUGAGGACUAAGCAAAAUGUGAUGUCCCAUGAAAGCCUUGAUUUAGAUCUCUGGAAGGCGCUGUUCGUUUUAUGAUCGAAGGCUUACGACACAGAUGCCACCGUAGCAGUGUCAAGAAAAUAUUGGAAGAGCAAGGACAUCAAGGUUUGGUCGCCCUUGAUGAUAGCACUGGGGAGAAAGAAACUAAACUACGGAAAGCGAAGGAGACCACGGUACGGGGGGUUGGGCAGUGCGUUGAACCGGUGAGGCAUGAGUUCGGGGAAGCAACGGGUCUGCAGGAACGCAACGACACCCAUGUGGGAGAAAUUACUACUCGUUAUCUGCCUGCCAUGGUGUAGGGACUGUUUGACACAACAUGAGGGAUCUUUGUCGUAGAAACAGACAGGCGAGGAGCAUCUGCAAGAGUAACAAAACGCCAGCCAGCACUCUGCGACGAACAAACGGAUAGAUUUGGUGCAAUGGUCACUUUCCAUUUUUACAUUAAAAUGUUGCAGCACUGUAUGAUAUGACGCUGUAGCGUCGAUUUUUUGU